CGGCAUGUCUGAAAUCACGUCGUUGUGUGAGCCUACCUCCUCGGAAGCGGAUGGCGUGCUCGGCGGCCGGUGUGUCGACACCGGCGGCAUCAAUGCCGGCAUGCUCCGCUGCCCUCGCUGCUUCUCGCGUCUGCUCAGCCAGUGCGGCCGUCUCGUCGAGCGCGCCGGCGACGAGGCGCUCCUCCACGUACCUCGAAGCAGCAACGCCUCCGCCGAGGCGGCGGACGGCGCCGCCGACAGUGGCACUGUCACCACCGCUGCCGCCGGCACCGCCGCCGACCCUGCCGCCGACACUGCCCCCGACGGCGCGUGCGGGUGGGACGCGGUGCCGCACGAGUGGUGGUGGGUGGUGGAGGACGUGAACGACGUCGACAACGUCGCGCUGUCAUACCUCGUCACGCCUCCCGCCGCCGGCGCGAUCCGCCUCGCGCUCUGCUCUGAGUGCCGCUGCGGGCCGCUCGGGUACCAGCGCGACGGCGAGGCCAAGGUAUGGUUCGCGGCGCCGCUGCUGCGGCAGCAGGACGCGAUGUACGCCGACGACGCCGCGGACUUCCCGCUGCCCGCCGGGCUGGACGUGGCGCAGCUGCAGGCGAUGCUGGACUCCGGGCAGGCGACGGUCGCCUUCAAGACCACCUUCGAGGAGGCGCGGCUCGGGAUGAUGCUGCAGGCUGAGCACAAAAUAUGGCCCGAGACUGCCCGCGACUGCCCGCGACUGCGCGAGACUGCGGAGGACGCGGCCGACGGCGACGGCGUUGAGGUCACGGCCUUCACCGAGUUCGAGGGCCGGCCGGGGCCGGUCGAGCUGUCGGGCAAGGUCAAGCUCGGCGACAAGGUUGCGCGCGUCAACGGCCAGUCGACGCGCGGGCUCGACUUUGCGGCGGUGCUCGAGAUGAUCAUCGACGCGCCGCGGCCGCUCACGUUGCAUUGGGAGCGCACCGGCAGCCGGCCACAGGACGCUUCGAGAGUGGCCCACAGCGACUUCAAGCCCAUCGCUGGUGGUCCGUAGAGUACAGUGCGCGACCACCGCGCAGGACGGGACACUGUGGAGAGACCAUGGGCGUGAGGUAAAACCACGCUCCAGCGCACUUCUACUUGCCUCUUGCGGCCACACAAUAUGCAAUAUGUCGGCGUAUACGCGGCAUCUCGGAUCUCGGCCCAGUCCCGACACCCGAGUCGGAGUCCCCCUCCCCGACGGCGACGCGCGACGGCGGCCGAGGUCACACAACUCACAAGACACAUCUACACAGAAAUAAAU